AUGAAGUACUCGACCGCCUCCGCCGCUGCCGUCCUCUCCUUCCUCAUCCCCUCCGUCCUCGGCUCGUCUGCGGCCGCGCCCGCACUUCGCCGCACACCCACCCCCGUCACCCGUGACAUCGACGUCGACGUCAACGUGGGUGUCUGUGUCCGCCUCAACGCCGCAUUCGACUUCUCCGCCUCCAUCGGGGGUCUCGGGGCCGGCGCUACCGCCGCUGCCCAGGCGUGUCUCUGUGUCGACACAAACGUCGGCGUCGGAAUCGGAUCAGGCGGUAUCGGCGCCAAUGCAGAUGUAGAUGUGUACGUCCAGCUCGGAGCGGGCGCCGCAGUAGUCGUGGGCGAUGAUGCCAAGAAGAUCAAGAGAGCUAUCAACGGGAACGCCGGCAACAACAACCCCUUCCGCAACCUGAACUUUGGCGGCGCCUGCAACAUCCCCUCCUCCCUCUUCCCCAACUCGGUCCACGACUUCACCUCCGGCUGCUGCGGCCGCCGAUGCAACCCUGGCUUCAUCUACAACCCCGGCAACUUCAUCCACGGUCCAUCGUGCGACGCCUGCCCCGCCAACAAGCCCCAAACACACACCCUCCCUUCCGGCUCCACCAUCUGCGUCGCCGCGUGCCCCGCGCCCAAGGUUCGCCAGCCUGACGGAUCGUGCGCCCUCCCCGCGUGCCCGCCUACUCAGACCCGCCCGACCCCGGAUGGCGACUGCGGCUGCACCGACGCCGAGAUCCUCUGCGGCGGGAUCUGCAAGCCCAAGGCGACCUUCACGUGCCAGAGCGGCGUCCCCGUCCCCAAGACCCGCAAGCGCAGCAGGUACGAGUGCCAGGCUGGCAAGACGUAUUGCCCCAGCGUCACGGGUCUCGGCUGGGAGUGUGUCGACACCAUGAACGACAUUGAGUCUUGCGGUGGUUGCGCAGACCUCAGCAUCCCAUUCGGCCCCGGCGUAGGACAAGACUGCACCGCCAUCGUCGGUACCGACUCGGUCACGUGCAACCGGGGCGAGUGCAAGAUCCAGUCGUGCCAGGCCGGCUGGGCCUUCGCGCAGGACGGCAAGGCGUGUGCUCCUCUUCCACCAUCCCCCGCAUCGAAAAAGAACAAGACCAACCAGCAGCUCGUCAUCAUGCGGUCGUCAUAG